UUCGCCCCGCGAGGCCUUGCCUCGUCCCGCUGCUUCUUCUCCUCCCCAUCCCCAACCCUGGCCGAGGCCCUCGGCAGCCUCGUGUGGAGGAGUCCGGAGUGCCGCGGGCGCUGCUGGGAGCCGCCAAGAGCCCCGUCCCGGCCUCGGACACUCCUGCCCCGCCUGGACACCUGCGGCGGCCUGGACCCGAACCAAAAGCCCUGGGCCGGCCGCGCCUCCGGUGCCUCGCGGACACACCCCCUCCCGCUCCCCGCCUCAGCCCAGCCCGUCCUCAGCCCCUGUGUUCCCUCCCAGCCCAGAGUCCGGUUCUCUUCCCGACCUUGGCCCCUAGAGAAAGAACCUCACGGGAGGGGGCACAUCUUGAUUGGAGAAGAGGGCGGGUUUGCAGACUUUUGGGGUGGAUGCACAUUUACCUUUUCAAGAUUCUAAUAAAAAUUUGAUUAAUCAGCCUGGAGUUCCUUGUUCCAGCUGACGCGCUUUUAUCCCCCUCCCGAUCCGUAUUUCCAAGGGCAUUUAAGUAGGGGGCACUCGGAAGCUCCUCUGGGCCCUUCCUUGGAGCUAGACCUGUUGGCCCUGGUUGGAUCAUGGCUACAGUCCUGAACUCUCAGGUCGACGUGGAAGUUGAGGAGUGCAUCAUAAUGAAAGUGGAAAAGGACUCGGAGUGGGCAUCAGAGCCCAUUCUGGCGAGAUCAGGCAGCACCGAAUGUGAGUCCUUUCGUAAAUGCUUCCGGCAGUUCUCUUAUGAGGACGUGACGGGACCCCACGAAGCUUUCAGUAAACUCUGGGAACUCUGCUGCCGGUGGUUGAAGCCAGAAAUGCGGUCCAAGGAGCAGAUCCUCGAGCAGCUGGUAAUUGAACAGUUUCUCACCAUUCUCCCGGAGAAGAUUCAGGCUUGGGCACAGAAGCAGUGCCCAGAAAGUGGAGAGGAGGCGGUGGCCCUGGUAGCGCAUUUGGAGAAAGAGACCAGAAGACUGAGAAAGAAGGUCAGUGGCCCCCUACCCUCAGAGAAGCAAGCCCCACCUGGAACUGUGUGGGAAGUAGCUGACUUUGAGCCAGAGCAACUGGAGACCCAGCGCAGGGUUGUUCCUCAGGAAGAAGCUGGAAGCCUCCACUCAGGAUACCAGGAACAGCUGAGCCAACAAAGAGAGUAUAGGCCUUUACCCAAAAAUGCUCACUCUUCUCUCUGGGUUCCUGUCCCUAGUGAUGAAUGGAACACUGUAGAUCAGGAGGUGACAACCCAGGAACCAGAGAAAGAUGUCCACACAAUGAGAAGCUUGUCCUACAGAAAGAGUGUACAUCAGAGUCCCACUCACAGGGAUCUCCAUCACGAAAUCAGGAAGGAAAGUGCAGGGAGCAUGGUUUCCCUGGGAGGCACUGUGUCUACAUCUAACAAGAUAGCCCAGUUGGAACAGAGAAAGGAACCAUGGACUGUAGGUCUACAUUCCUCAAAUAAGAAGAAUAGUGUUCUGAGAAGCAACUACAUCAAAGAGAAAUCAGUGCAUGCUGUUCAAAUCCCGGCAAGGAAUUCAGGGAAAGUGUGGCGAGAACAGCAGCAGUGGGGUUUAGAAGAUGAAAAAAUUGCAGGUGUACACUGGAGCUAUGAGGAAACCAAGACUUUUCUUGCAAUUCUCAAGGAAUCUCGCUUUUAUGAAACACUCCAGGCUUGUCCCCGAAAUAGCCAGGUAUAUGGUGCUGUGGCUGAAUGGUUGCGAGAAUGUGGCUUCCUUCGAACACCAGAGCAGUGCCGGACCAAGUUCAAAAGUCUUCAGAAAAGUUAUCGAAAAGUGAGAAAUGGCCACAUGCUAGAACCCUGUGCCUUCUUUGAGGACAUGGAUGCCUUGUUAAACCCUGCAGCCCGUACUUCAUCUACUGAUAAGACAAAAGCCGUGAUCUCUCUCCCCAGACUAAAGAACAUUGGCAUUAGUGCUAAAGAACAAGUCAGUUUGGUGGAGGAGGAGGAAGAAGGUGCUGAAGACUCCGAUGGUGAUGAAGUGGGUAUUGAGUUUAUACGCAAGUCUGAAAUUCGUUCUGCCCCUGUCUUGUUUCAAAACCUAAGUGGUGUGCACUGGGGCUAUGAAGAAACUAAAACUUUUCUUGAUAUCCUUCGUGAGACUCGGUUUUAUGAAGCACUUCAAGCCUGUCACCGGAAGAGCAAAUUGUAUGGAGUUGUGGCUGAACAGCUUCGAGAGUGUGGCUUUCUCCGGACACCAGAGCAAUGCCGGACCAAGUUCAAAAGCCUUCAGAAGAGUUACCGAAAAGUGAAGAAUGGCCAUGUACUGGAGUCCUGUGCAUUUUACAAGGAGAUGGAUGCCCUCGUUAACUGCCGAACGUCUGCCCUUUCCACCAACACCUCAGAAGAAAUCCCACCACUCUCAAGGCAAGAAAGAGGACACAUUGAGGUUGAACCCCAGGAGCCUACAAUCUGGGAACCUGAAGAGACCUCACAGGAAGCAGUGUUAGAAGAUUCUAGUAGCGAGAGAAUGAGUGAGGAGGAAAUUAUAGAAGAGCCAGAAUUCCAAGAACCUACAGACAUACCUCAAAGCCUAACAGAUUUUGAAACUGGAAGUAGUAUUAAGGAGGAUCCAACACAGGUAAUAUUUAAGAACAAAGAGCCCCACGGAGCAUUAAUAGAAAAGUCUAAAAGAUUUGUUUUAAAUACCAACCCCAGUAGAUAUUGUAAAAGGGAAUACAUCUCAGGAAGACAAUGGGAAAACCUUCAAGGAAUUAGACAGGGAAAACUGAUGUCUCAACCUAGAGAUAUAGGGAAGGCUACUGUGCAUCAGAGGCCUUUUGUGGGAAGGAGACCAUACAGACUUCUCAAAUAUGGAGAAAAUUUUGGAAGGAGUGCUCGUCUUUUGUGCAGGAUGACCCACCAGAAGGAAAACCCUCAUAAGUGUGGUGUCUGUGGGAAGUGCUUUGGUAGAAGCAGGAGCCUAAUCAGACACCAAAGAAUCCACACGGGGGAAAAGCCUUUCAAAUGUCUUGACUGUGGGAAAAGCUUUAAUGACUCCUCAAAUUUUGGAGCCCACCAGAGAAUCCACACUGGAGAGAAGCCGUACAGAUGCGGGGAGUGUGGGAAAAGCUUCAGUCAGAGCUCAAGUCUUAUCAUCCAUCAGAGAACGCACACUGGAGAGAAGCCCUGUCAGUGUGGAGAGUGUGGGAAGAGCUUCACCAACAGUUCUCACCUCAGUGCCCAUUGCAGAGUCCAUGCUGGAGAGAAUCCCUACAAAUGUGGGGACUGUGAGAAGAGCUUCAAUAACUGCACAAGAUUCCGAGAACACCGGAGAAUCCAUGCUGGAGAGAAGCCCUAUACAUGUGCCCAGUGUGGCAAACAUUUCAGUAAAAGUUCUUUCCUCACCAAACACCGGGAAGUCCACAUGAGAGAAAAACAACUGCCACACUCUCCCUCUGGGUACUCACCAGAGAACCUGCUGAGGGGGAACAGUGAUGAAUUCAGGAAGACCUUUUGACAAUGAGCUCCUUUUUCCACACGCCCGUCAGCCAUCUUGCCCUACUCCUCCCAUUCUUUGAAGCAGUCUUUACUUAGCUAUAAAUUGCAGUUCCCAAGACAGGCCUGAGAGUAUAAGUAAGCUAAAUUAUUUCAUCUGCCCUCACCUCAUGUUCUAACAUGCUCAGAUUGCCUCUCUCCUAUGAGUCUUGACUUUCAGUAGGUGAGAGAAUAAGUUUUGUUUUUUUGGGUUUUUUUUUUUUUUUGAGUUGAGAAUAAAAUUCCCAUAAGAAUGUUGAGGCUAAUGCUAUUCUCCAACAACUUUCAAAACUCUUACACGUGGGUGAGAGUUCUUUUCAAAUAUAUGAAUGGUGAAACGUUUUAUAGUGUUAUCACCCAUAUAAGAUCUUAGCAGCAACUUGACAAUGGAUUUUUAUAUCUGGGUAGAACUUUUAGGAGUUUGAUCAAAACUAUAUCAGAUCAAUAUUUGUUUUGAGGGUAUAAAACAAGAGCAAAAGUUUUAUAGCGUCCUUCAGAUGUCUGCAUUAGAAAGUUGAUCCCAAUUCCCUGUGUUGCUGCUGAAGUCAUGUUGCUAAUACCUUGUCCCCCACCAAGAGAAGCACUUACCCUUCAUCUCCCUCUCUGUUCCUGAAGACUUAACUCCAGUGGCUGCUGCUUCUCCAGGGACAAGUAAUCUUUCAUUGUUCAUCACAAGUCUAUACUUACCUCUUAAUUGUUGUAGGUGCUCUAGCCUGACCUUUUUAGACUACCUUGACCCACUCAGAUGGGAGAGGAUGCAUGGUAGUGCUGUCUCAUUAAGAGAAAAUCAGACUUCAGAGUCUAGUUCUACCCUAUCAGUUCUCAGACUAUAAGACCUAUUGAUAAGCUAGCAUAUUGUAAACUGCCUAGCUCUACAUUUCAGUGUCAUAUAAUAGUAUUUCUGAAAGUUUAAGAUUGUAAGGAAGAAGGAUGUGAGACCUGAAAUAUUUAAUGGACUAUUUAGGCCUGCUUUAAAUCAAAGAGCUACUACCUCAGUCCAGACUACAUUUCCAGGGUUGACGUCACACAUACUAGCCUCUGGUUCGGAAGCUUCUAGUUCCUGUUAUUAGGAUCAUAAACCUGACUAGAGAGUCCUAAAUCAUUCCACAGCUCUGUGGUUCACUCAGUGAAGGUAGAGCUGUUUAUAAAGUUCCACUUCAGAGAAUCACCUUAUUUUCCCCAUUUCCCUCCUCAUCUGGGGGAAAUGUCUUUGAUAACCCCUGGCAUUAGUCAGCUAAAUAUUGUCAGAAAGUUUCUGGUGGGUAAAUAGUUAACUCAUAGAAUUACAGAUGAAAUUCAAGAAUUUGAUCUUCGGGGCUGGAGAGAUGGCUCAGAGGUUAAGAGCAUUGCCUGCUCUUCCAAAGGUCCUGAGUUCAAUUCCCAGCAACCACAUGGUGGCUCACAACCAUCUGUAAUGAGGUCUGGUGCCCUCUUCUGGCCUGCAGGCAUAGACACAGACAGAAUAUUGUAUACGUAAUAAAUAAAUAAAUAUUUAAAAAAAAAAAAAAAAGAAUUUGAUCUUCCCAAACCAGUUACUUGAAGAUGAGGCCUAUAGCAUUCAUACCUUUAAUACAUAGGUAACCCAGUGUAGCUUUGCUUUGGGG